GGCGUAUAUCGCUGCGGCUUUGCGGGCAGCCAGGAAGCCUACGAUACGGCCUGCACCAAGCUGUUUGACGCUUUGGACAAGGUCGAGGCGUUGUUGGGCAAGCAGCGCUAUCUCUGUGGCGACCGACUGACCCUUUCGGACAUUCGCUUGGUCACCACCUUGCUGCGCUUUGAUAUCGUAUACCAUACCCAUUUCAAGUGCAACAAGCGCCGCGUGGUGGACUACCCCAACUUGUGGGGCUACACGCGGGAGAUUUACCAGAUGGAGGGUGUCAGCGGGAUGUUUAACCCGCUGGAGACCAAGAAGCACUACUUUGGUUCCCAUCGCAAGAUCAAUCCUCUGGGCAUUGUGGCCCAAGGGCCGGACAAUUACGAGGCGUUGCUCAGCGAGCCCCACGGCCGCGAUCGCGCCUACAAUUAA